UUGAAGAAAAAAGAUUGAUUUAUAACAAAUUACAAAGUUUGAUAACUACACCUUCUAUAAUAAAUAUUACACGUGAUUUUUUGAAACAUAUACAAACAUUAUGGAAAACCUUAGAAUUGCUUAUGUUGCAUUGGGUUUGGUUAUUGGAUUCUGCAUUACCUGGGGAUUUAGGUUUAACAGGAAGAUGGCUUGCACGUGCAGAAGAUUUGUUAAAUUCUGACGGUGACAUACCUGAAGAAAUGACUGAAGAAACUGCAAAUAUUAUUUUGAAAAAGUUAGAAGAUCAUGCGAAAUUUUUCUCAGAAUUACCAACGAUGAUUAAAAAAUUCGAAUUAGCCAAACAACAACAACAACAAGUUUCACGCGAACAAUUAGAAAAUAUGACAAAACGUUUCAAUGAUUUACCAUCAAAAAUUGCCAAACGUAAAAUCAAAUUAAAAUUCCUGGAACACAAAUGUUGUCUGGUUGCAUUCCUAUAUUUAUUGGAAACAAAAUUGAAAGGAUGGAAUAUUAAAUAUGGCAAUGAAGAACAAGUUUUACAAAUGUUGGAACAAUAUAACAAUUUUGUUUCUAGAAAUAGAAUUUUUCAAGAAUUUCAAAAGGCCUAUUUAGAUAUGCAACAAGUUGUUGAAGAAUAUAAAAGAGAAGGUGACAUAGAUAAAGAAGAAUGCCUACAAAUAGAUCGUUUCAUGAGAGAAACUGGUGAAAAAUGGAAAAACGUUUCAGUUGAUUUAAGAUGCGUACAAAGUAUGUUAGACGAAGUGGUCUCAUAUUGGUCUAAAUGGAAAGAAGGAUCUAAUGAAUUUGAAAAUUGGUUGAAUCGUGCUGAAUCAGCAUUGCAUUUACCUGAAGAAGAAAAAAUGGAAUUCUUUCAAGAUAUCAGCAUUUGGAAAGACAAACAUCAAAAACUAUCAGACACUGUUAAAUUUUUAAUAGUAACUUCAGAAGAUGUUGUAGCACUUCGUUUGAAGGAACAUUAUACAAUAUUGAGCAACAAAUGGGAACACAUAUUCCAAGAAGCUAAACAAUACAUGCAUGCUGGUGAUUUGUUAAGAAAUAGAAAGGAUUAUAGAAUGGGUGUUGAAACUUUACAAAAUUGGUUGAGAAAUGCUGAAGCAGCACUUUCAACAACACAAUUGACAUCAACCGAACGUAUCAAGGAAUACGGUGAAAAGUUACAACCACUUUACAAUGAGGUUAAAGAUAUUGAAGAAUUAUUUAAAAACAUCAGCAGAAAAUUUCAAACUCUUAUACAAGAGUUGUCACGUGACGAAGUAGAUAAAAUGAUGAAUACACUUAAAAAAGAAAAGGAAGCAUUGGUAAGGGUUCGUGCAUUGAUUCCAAUGCAAUGGCAUUUGUAUCAUCAACUUUUGGUACAACGUGAGUCAUUGGAAGAUGGUAAAAAGGAAAUAUCAAUGUGGUUGGAUGAAGCUGAAAAAUUAUUGAACAGUAUUGAUUUAUCUGGUGGUAGAGAUGCCAUAUUGGCACAAUUGGAAAAACACAAAACAUUUUUCUCAAGAACUUUGUAUCACAAAUCAAUGCUAGAAUCAAAAAACAAAAUAUUUGCUAGCAUUGUUAAAUCUGUUGGUAAUAGUGAUGACGUUGAUACAGGUGAAAAUGGUUUGACGUUGAAAGAAUUAAAUGAAAGAUUUGCUAGGGUCUGUCAAUUAGCACAAAUGUGGGAACAACGUCUUCAAGAAGUCAUAAGAUGUUUGACCAAAUUCAAAGAUUGUGAAAGACGAAUUUCUGAAUGGCUGUUAUCAGCUGAAAUAUUACUUAAUGAUACACAUAUUGAUAAUCGUUCAUCUGUUGAAUAUCACAAAAAUUUCUUCAGUAACGUAUACGAAAAGUGGAUUCAAGAUUUGAUAAAUGCUGCACAAGAUUUGAAAAAUGUUUUACCUGCUGAACAACAAGCACCUGUUACUGAGACUGUUGAAAGUUUGCAGAAACGUUGGAAGGAAGUAUUAACAUUUGCACCUCUUCAUCUUAUGAAAUUAGAAUUUCGAUUGGAUGAAGCAACUUUGCUUCAAUAUCUCAAAGAAAUUGAGAUGGAAAUUAAUUCUGAACAACAAGCAUUGAUACAAAAUGAUGAUAUUGAUGGUAUAUUACAACGAAAUAAAGAAUUUUUCGUUAAUCGUGGUGUUAUACAAAACGUUGACAGAUGUUUGCAAACAUUGAAAAAGAUUAGCACCACUUAUAGUCAGUUAAAACCAAAUGAUGACAGUUUGAGUCAAGAGAUUGAAAAAACUGAAAAUUUGUGGAUUGAAACUACUAAGAAAAUUGAUCAUCUUAAAGAACAACUUUAUCAGAUUCCUCAGCAAUGGGCUGCUUACAGAAAAAAAUUCGAUGAAAUGGUACAAUGGAUGGAUCACGUUGACAGUAUUUUGAAAACUAUUUUACAUGAAGUUAAUACAUUGGAAGAAUUUGAAAAAGAGAAAGCUGUUUUUCAGAUUGAAGCUAUGACGAAAAUAUCUAAAGAAGCUGAUAACCAACGUGAAGAAAUGAAAUGGUUAGUUCAAACAUUGGAUGUACUUAUUUCCAAUCGUUUGGAUCACGAAGCAAUUUCUGAACAGAAGAAAUUGGAACAAUUGAUAAGUCGAUAUAAAAAUUUGAUACCAACUAUAGAAAUUACAAUGACUAAGACAGAUAUUUAUUCAAAAAGUUACACUUAUAGAAAAGUUGUUAGAGAAGCUUGUACACUUUUACGUAAAGUACGUGAACAAUCGAAAGAAGAUGUUCCAUUGGUACAUCCUGAAAGUCUUUCAACUGCAGUUGCUCAACAAGAAACUCGUCUUCAACAAUUGGAACAACAAAGGGCUAACAUAGUUAGCAUGUUGCAACGUGGAAAAGAUCUUUUGAAAGAUCAACAUGCACCAACUUUCAUUUCUUCUGAGGUUCAACAAUUGGAAGUUAAUUGGAACGAUACUUAUGGACAAAGUAUUGAAACAUUGAAAUCUUUGAAAAAUACACAAAAAUUGUGGAAUGCUUAUGAAGAACAAAAAGCUGAAAUUUUGAAACUCAUGAAACAAGCUGAGGAAGAAUUGAACAGACUUAAAAAUAGUGUUUACAGUGAUGCUUCACAAAUGUCUGCUGAUCUUCAAAACAAACAAGAAUUUAGCACAACUUUAGAUAAAUCUGCUAAAGAAAUGAUAACCAAAUUACGUGAAAUUCAAUCUAAUUUAUCUGACGUAACACCAGUUGAGAAAAAAGAAUUUAUUGAAAAAGAAAUUAUAGAAACUGAGAUGAAAAUGGAAACUACGUUGAAAGUUUUACAUGAGACGGUUGUUCAUCUUCAGGAAUAUAAUUCCAAAUGGACCAAAUUUCAAUCGAAAUUUGGUGAAUUACAAAAUUGGACUCAACAAAAAAUCCCACAAUCUAUGGCAGAAAUUGAGAACUAUUCAAUAUCACCGGAAGAACGUUUACAUAAAACUGAACAUUUGCAAAAGGAAAUUCAUGAGAAGAUGAAAAUCUUAAAAGUUCUCAAAGAAGAAUCACAAACACUUAAAACAGAUGAGACUGAUGAUGGUGAACCCAAACGUUUGGACAAAGAAUUGGAAAGUCUUGAAAAAGUUGUAAAAUCUCUUCAAGAAAAUAAUGAAAUACAACGUCAAAUAGCUGUACAAAAUCUUGCAACAUGGAAAGAAUAUGAAGUUGGUAUUCAAAAAGUAAAACCAUGGGUUGAAGAAGCAGAAUCCAAAGUAUCAUCCAUGGGAAGUAAACCAACAAGUCUCGAACAAGCUAUCAAAAUGUUAAACAUUGCUAGAACGUUUGAGAAUCAAUGUCAACAACAAUUACCACAAGUUCAAAAUCUGUCAUCAGUUAGUCAACAAAUUACUGGAAGAACUGCUGCACCUGAUGAAAUUGAUGCAGUUUAUAGAAGGUGGAACGUAGUUCAUGACAUGGCAAUACAAAUAACAACGAAAUUAGACAAAUUAGUGUCUUGUUGGAAUAAUUUUGAAAGUGACACUAAAGAAUUUACGGAAUGGUUGGAAAAAAGUGAGAAAGCGUCUCUGGUUGUUCCUAACAUUCAAACACCGGAAGUCAGCAAACUCGAGCAAGAAUUGGCCAAUUUGAAAAGUUUCAGUAAAUCGAUAUCUGAUCAUCAAGCUCAAUUGAUAUCAUUGACCCAAGUAUCCGAUCACAUUACUCACGGUUUGUCAUUGGAAGGUGCAACUAAUUUGAAAAAUCGUAUGUCAGAUUUAAAAGCACGUGUCAGUAAGUUAGCUGACACUGUAAGACAUCAAAUUAAUCUUGUUUCCGAUUCGUUAUUGGCCAGACAAGAAUUCCAAAUGAAAAUAGCCGAUUUUGAAAAUUGGAUGGCUACGUUGAAAUCAAACAUUGCUGAUAUCAAUGAAGUUAACAUUGAUAACAUUGAUACAACACUGCAAGCCAUUCAUGCGUACCUCCAAGAACAUUCAGAAAAACAACCAAGUUUUACGGCCAUCUAUGACGAAGUUAAACGUCUGUCUGGCCAAGGUUCCAAACAAGAAGCUGCAGCUUUGGAUGAAAUUUAUAUUUCAUUGGCAAAUAAAUACAAAGAUUUAGAAGAUGAAUUACAUCAGAAGAAAAAGAUUUUGGAAAAAUGGAUAGAAUUGAUGAGUUGGUACAACGAAACAAAAGCUCAAUUGGAAUACUACAAAUACGAAGCUGAAGCACGUAAACCAACAGUCAACGAUUUAAACAGAUUAUCUUUAGAAUUGCAAGAUGUCCAAUCAAAAUUAAAUACAUGGAGAAAUCAAGUAGGUGUCAUAGACAGUUCAUUGAAAGUUCGUAUCCGUGACAAACAAGAGAAUCCACUAACCGCGUCAGCUUUGGUCAGUGAUUUGGAAUCCAAAGCUGUCGUAUUGGAAACCGAAUUAUCAGCUAAACGUGAAAAACUAGAAACCCUUGGUGCCAGAUGGGAUAAUUUCAAAAGAUUGCAAGAAAAAAUUACUGAAGAUAUCUUAAAAACACAAAGUAGCUUACAAGAAAUUACUGACAAUGUUGAUUCAUGCGAACAAUUGGCACCAGCUGUUGACAAAAUCGAACAAUUGAUAGAAAUACAUGAAGGAAAGGAGCCCGAUAAACAAUUGUUACAUCGUGAAGCUGACAAUUUAAUGCAAGAAGAUCAAAGAGCUAUGACCAAUAUUCAAGUUGUUUUGUCAUACGUUGAUGCCAAUUGGGAAAAGGUCAGUGUACUACUUCAAGAACAAAAGAAGAAAUAUGAAGAAAUGGAUAAUGAUUGGAAACAAUACAAAGAAGCUGAAGAAAAAUUGCAAAGAUUUAUGAACGAAUCAACAUUGUUAUGUCAAAGUGUUAAAGAAGUUCCCGAUGAUAUAACUCAAGCAACAAUAGCUUUGGACAAAUACAAACGAGCAUUGGAAAUUGUAAAGAAGGGCAAACAAUUUCUGGACAAAAUGGAAUCGAAAGCUCAACAGAUUAUGAAAGAUGCAUCCCUUUUACCCAAUUUUAAAUCAGAUUUGGUAACGUCAAAUUUAAAUGACAAUCGUAAGAAAUAUCAAGAAACUUAUAACAAUAUUAUUGACAAACUUCAACUGUACGAAACUCAAUUAAUUAUUUGGAAACAAAUAGAAGAAGCUAAAUAUGAAUUAACAAGAUGGCUCAGUGACACCAAUGAAGCAUUAACGUCAGCUCGUGAAUGUUUACUCGAUUCUGAAAGUGGACAAAUGCGAUUGAUCAGAUAUCGUGAAGAAUUACCUGCACAUUUGCAAUUCAAACAAGGAAUUGAUGCAAAGAUUGAACAAUUAAAGAAAUUAAAUAAAAAUGCUGACGUACCAACGUUGGAUGCUUUGAGAAAUUUGUUGGAUGAUCAAUUUAAGAUUGUCAAAGAUGCAGCAGACAAGUUAGAAUCAUUGACAAUAACAUUGAACGAAAAAGAGAAAGAUAUUAGAAAGGAUAUUGAAAAAUGUAGCGAUUUGAUAUCGAAAAUUCGUGAAGAAAUUAUUAAAUGUGACGAUUUGACUGGUGAAAAUACAAAAAUACUUGGUAGAAUAAAUAAAUGUCAAGAAUUAAAAGCUAAACUUGACGAAUGUGAUCAUACCUUAUCAAAGAUUGAAGAAAAUCUUGCGAUAACAAUGUCAGAAUAUCCGACAAUAUCGAAAUCAACUUUACAAAAGGAACUUCAAGCUUUGAUAUUGAGAAAAGAUGGUGUCAGUAGUCACGCAGGUAAAGUUAAUGCAACUUUGGUUGCAUUUUUAACGAAAUUGUAUCACGAAAAGUUUGGUGCAUUUCAACGAAUGGUUGGAAUUCACAAAGAAAAGGUUGCAUGGUGCGAACCUGAACAAAGUAGCGAUCGUUACAAUCUCGAAGUUAAAAUGGCAUCACUGAACGAUGUUGAAAUUGGUAUUAGUGAUUGUGAUGUUAGAAAAGAUGACGUUGAUAAUUCAUUGAAAUUAUUAGAAACCGUCGAGAGUCCUGAAAUUACAAAUGUUUUAAAAAUCGAACGUGACAAAGUAUCGUUAGAAUUGGAAUCAUUGAAAGAAAAUUAUAAAAAGAUUAAAUCAGUGUUAGAACACAAUGUAGCAUUAUGGCAACGUUAUGAAAAUCUAUCUGAAAGUGUGGUCAAUUGGUUGAAAGAAAAUGAAAAUAGAAUAAGAGCUGAAGCUUCGAUAUUAUUGAAUUUAAAUGAGAUUGAAAAUAAGAUCAAAGAAAUUGAACAAUUGAAAAACAUUGCUAAAGAUUAUCAUACAGUUUUGAAUGAUGUUAUUAAUCUUGGUGAUGAUAUUAACAAAGUUAGUCCUGAAUCUCGUGUUAAACAAUACGUGGGACACCUUGACAGUAGAUACCAAUCGAUACUUAAAUUUUUGUCACAAUAUUUGGACAGAUUACGUGAAUUGAAGGAUAGUAGAGACCAAUACACAAUAAGUACGACUGAAUUACAAUCUUGGAUAGACAAUGCUGAACGUAAAUUAAAAGUAUUCGAUGAAAUAACUGGUCCCAAACCUAUGACCUUUUAUCAGUCACGUUUAAAAGAAUUGAAAGCUUUUGCUGAAGAAAGAGAAACUGGUCAAUCUAUCAUGAAUCAUACAGCUGAAUUGGGUGAAGCACUUUUUGCAAGAAUCACACCAGAUUGUCGUGAAUUUAUCAGAACAGAAUUAAGAAAUCUACGUAAUCGUGUAGAUGCACUGACAGAUCAUGCCAAUGUCAUUUACAAACGUAUCGAAAGUGAUAUGAUGCAUCGUUCAUCGUUUGAAGAUAAAUAUUCGCAAGUUAAACAAUGGGUUAUUGAUGCAGAAUCGAAAUUAGGUGACAAACAAAUGCUUUUACCAAAUCUUCAAGAAAAAAAGCUUGCCUUACAAUCGUACAAAGCUAUUGCACAAGAUGUUAAUGUUCAUAAAAAUAUUUUACAACAAUUGCAAGAUCGAUUAGGUAAAACUCCUGAUGACGAAGCUAGCGAAAUGUUGAGCAGUGUUGUCACAGCUUAUGAAAAACUUUCGAACAAUGUUGAAGAUCGAAUUAGAAUAGCUGACAAAUAUGUCUCCAAUCAUGAAUCAUAUUUGCAAACAUUUGAAAAAACACGUGAUUGGAUUAACACGAUAAUCAAUGAAACUGCACCACUCAUUGAAGAUCUUCCUGUUGAACGUGACAUUGCUAAAUCCAAAACAAAUUUGAUUAAAAAUGUUUUACAACGAAAAGCUGAAGGUGAUCGUGUAUUGUCUGAUUGUAAUGAACAAUUAAAUAUCAUACUUGAACAAACUUCUAUACCUGGUCAUGCAGCAUUGAUCAAAGGUUUCGAAGAACAGAAAAAGAAUUGGGAAGACUUCUUAGCACGUUGUUCAGCAACCACCGAUGUAUUGGAUCAUCUUUUCAAUCAAUGGUCAGAAUUCGAGAAAGUUGUCGAAGAUUUGGAAGCAUGGACCAAACAAAUGGACAGUCAAUUGAAAGAUCAAAGUUUGAAGAGUACAGAAGAAGCUAAACGAUUGCAUUUGCAAAAGUUGAAAAAUUUGGAAGAGUGUAUUGCACAAAAAGGUUCAGAAUUUAGUUCAGCGAUAAAGAAAAGUCAAAGUAUCGAAGGUAGUUCAGAUUUAUCAACGAGAAUAUCUCGUCAAGCUACGAAAUAUCAAUCUUUGAGAAACCAAGUGAAAGAAUCUGUGACGAGAUAUGAACAAUUUGUAAAGGAACAUAGUACGUUUAACGAAAGAUACAACGAUUUGAUGAAAUGGAUUUCUAAUGUUCAAGAUGAAUUAAAGAAACACAGUGAAAUUGUUGGUAAUCUUUCGUUGUUGCAAAAUAGACAAAAGUCUAUUCGUGAUUUGAGUGAUACUCGAACGAAAGAAAAUGCACGUUUUGAAUCAGUCAUUGAUUUAGGUGAAAAACUUUAUUCCCAUACGUCACCAGAUGGCCGUGAAAUAGUUAGACAGCAGUUAAGAGAUUUGAGAACAUUGUGGAAUACAUUUUCUGAAGAUUUACAAUCAGCAAUGCAAAAAUUGGAUCAAUGUUUGAUGCAUUUUGCUGAAUUCACAUUAUCCCAGGAACAAUUGACUUCUUGGUUACGUGACGUUGAAAGUGCAAUGGAACAACACACUGAAUUGAAAUCAUCAUUGGAAGAAAAACGAGCUCAACUACAAAAUCAUAAGAUAAUGCAUCAGGAAAUAAUGUCCCAUCAAAAUUUGGUUGAAUCAGCUUGUGACAAAGCUCAACAAUUGAUUGAUCAAACCAAGGACACGUCACUGAAUAUAUAUUUGCAAACGAUCAAACAAUUGUUCAAUGAUAUCGUUGCUAAAUCUCAACAUUUGUUAGAGAAUUUGGAAGAUUGUGCUGAAAAACAUAAUUGUUUUAAUCUCCAAUGCAAAUACUUUUCAAAUUGGUUGACUGGUGAAAGAGAAAAACUUGCUGAAUGCAAUGACAUUACUGGAGAAAAAAGUGAAAUUACACGUCGUUUGGCAACCCUUGCUUUAUUGAGGGAUAAUCAAAUACAGGGUGCUGAACAUUUUGAUAAAUUGAAACAACUUAGUUCAGCUAUGAUGAAGAGUACUGCAAUUAAAGGACAAGAACUUAUCAAUAAAGAAGUGUCAAGCCUAGAAAAGAGCCUUUCACAAUAUUUAACUGAAAUUGAAUCCGUGGAAGAAAAACUAAAAGUUGCAUUAAAGAAAUGGCAAGAUUUCGAGGAUCAAUUGGAAGCUCAUGGACGUUGGUUUUCUUCAAUGGAAGCUGCAUUUAGAGAUCAACAAUUGCAACCAACAUUGAGUGAUAAAGAAGCUAGAUUACAAAUGUUCAAAGAUAAACGUGACGUUAUCUUGAAACAAGAACAAGAAAUUGAUGCAUUUGUGGAUAUAUCUCAUAAUUUGUUGCAUUCAAGUGGUCUUGAACGCAUUAAAGUUUUAAUUUCUCAAAUUAGUUACAGGUAUCAAUUACUUCAUACGUUCAGUAAAGAAGUAAUAAAUCGUUGUCAAAGUAUAAUAGACGAUCAUCAAACCUACGAAGACAAAUUGAAAUCAAUCGAUGCAUGGUUGACACCAUUGGAACAAAGUUUAGCAACAUUGAAAAGAGAAGACGUUGGUGGUAAUCUCGAAGCUAGAGCUUUGUGCUUGCAAACAUUAUUAGCUGAAAAGGAACAAGCUGAACAUCGUUUAUCUGGAUUAGCUGCAGCUGGUGAAAGAAUUUUACCAGAUACUUCAGCUCAAGGUCGUGAAAUUAUAAGACAAGAAAUAAGACGUGUAAGAGAACGAUGGGAUAAUCUUGCUGAAGGUAUUGCUGAACAACAAAAGAAACAAGACGCACAAUCGUUGCAAUGGUCAACUUAUCAAGAAACAUUGCAACAAACUUUACUUUGGUUGAAUACCAUGGAAAGAGCCAUAAAACAAGAUCCACCUGUAACUUGGCCCUCUUUGCAAGAAAUCAGAUCAAAAUUAUUGAAAAAUAAAACGUUGCAUCAGGAAAUUCUUGCUCAUAAACGUAUAAUUGAAGGAAUUUCAGAAAAAGCCAAUGCUUUGAUCCAAGUUGCACAAGCACCGUUGGAUAUUCAAGAUAAAGUCACAUCAGUUUCUGAUAGAUAUGAGAAACUUGUUGAUAAAUCACAAAAAGCUAUAACCAGUUUAGAAGAGUUCCUUGAUAUAUUCCAACAAUUUCAAGAUCUUUAUCGUGCUUAUCAGGAUUAUCAGAAACAACAGUGGGAACAAUUGAUAAGUUACAGUGAUUUUACUGCUAAUAAAACUACACUGCAAAAUAGAUUGGCCAAGGUACUUGAGAUUCAGGACAAACAGAAUGAAGGUGAAUUGAAAUUAAAUGUUUUGGCAGAACAUGUGUCACAAAAUGCAAGCAAUUUAUCACCAAAGGUUUAUUACGAGUGUAUGAAAAGAGACGUUGCUAAUUUAAGAUUUGAGAGUAAAAACUUUGCCAAUGCUGUUAACGACGUAAUACGUUGCAUAGAAGAAAGAAUGCAACAAUGGAGUGAAUAUGAAAAUUUAUUGGAACAGUUGAUCAUUUGGUUGGCAGAUGCUGAAACUUCAUUGAAGAAUUAUUCCAUGAAAAAUACCAUUGAAGAGAAACAAGAACAAUUGGAAAAAUAUCAAGAACUACAAAAGGUUGCUGAAUCUCGGAAUACGGAUGUAACUGAAUUGGUGGCUCUUGGUGCCAACCUUGAACAAUCGUUAAUCGCAAAUCUAAGGCAGAAAGAAGCAGACUUUGAUAAAAUGAGAUAUGAUUCAUCAGAUUUGAUACAAAUCAGUGGGGAAACUAGAUUUUCUUCUAGUGUGCAACAAAUCACUUCUAGAUUUCAAUCAAUACAAAGUACUGCUAAGGAACUGGUGAAAAAGUGUGAACAAGCUUGUUCAGAUCAUGCUGCAUAUUUGGAACGUUACAAACAAUGUUCAGAAUGGUUGGCUACAGCAAGAGGACGUUAUCAAUCAGUCGCUGACAAUUUGUGUGGCACUCAUCAAGAAUUAAUAGCAAAAGCUGAUACUUUGAAGGAACUUUUGGGUAGACAAUCAUCAGCAAUGUCAUUAUUGAACAGUACAAUUGAAACUGGUGAACGUUUGUAUCCAACAACCGGUGUAGAAGGAAGAGAAAUCAUUCGUCAAGAAUUAUCAGAUCUUCAACAAGUUUUAGAAGGAUUGUACGACGAUAUUGCAUCAACUGAACGUGAUUUGCAAGGUAGAAUUGUUAAAUGGUCUGGUUUUGAUGAAUGUAGUGAAGGAUUUGAGAAAUGGUUGAAAGAUGCUGAAUCACAAUUGAAAGAAGAUAUUGAAUUGAAAACAACAUUGGAUGAGAAACGUGGACAAUUGCAAAUUUAUCGUUCAUUCUUGCAUGAUGUACAAGUACAUCAACAAGAUUUGUUAGAUUUGUCAGAUAAAGCUGAUAAUCUUCCGGAACGUACGGAUAAAAUAGAUUCUAUUAUAAACAAAUUGAAACGUAGACACGCUGAGGUAUUGAAACGUGCAACAACGUUUGUUGAAAGAUACGAGGGAAUUGUGAGUGAUCAUCAACAAUAUAGCAAAGCAGUGUUGGAUACACACGAAUGGUUGGAUGCAACGCACAAUGCUGUUAAUCUAUGGGGUGAUACCGAAUUGGAACGUGUAUCUCUUCAUACAAAUUUGGAUCGUUUGCAAAAUCUUUUACAUACGCUUCCUGAAGAACAACCCAGAGUACAACAGAUUCGUAUUCUUGGUGAAAAAGUGAUACCCGGUACAUUGGAAACUGGUCAAAUUAAUAUAAGAUCACAAAUUGAUUCGUCACAACAAGAAUGGGAAGGUUUAAUAUCAGCUGUUAAGUCGACCAUUGAAGCAUUGGAAAAUAAAUUGCAACAAUGGAAUGAAUUUGAAAACUUUAAGGAAAGAUGUUUGAUUUGGAUCAAAGACACGGAUACUAAGCUUCACGCUGUUGAUUUGAAAGCAACAUUUUCUGAGAAAAAAGAUCAAUUGGAAAAAUUACGUUCACUUCAAGGUGAAGUACGUGCUAAAGAACUUGAAAUUGAUGCGGUUACUGAAAGGGCCCAACAAUUGCAUAAAAAUCUAUCCACUCGAACAUCUCAUAUAUCCGAAUUGAGUAUUAAGUAUCAACAAAUAUCAAGUAAGGUUAAAGAUUUGAACAAUCGUUGGCAUCAAUUUGUUGCCGUACAUCAAGAAUUCGAUAAUCAAUUAUCCGAAUGUAGCAGAUGGUUGAACGACAUUAAAAACAAAUUGGCUUAUUGUUCGGAUUUGAGUGCAUCAUCCCAAAAAGAUUUGGAAAAUAAGAUGGAAACCAUGCAAGAUAUAUUGUUGUACAAGGAAGAUGGUUUUGCAAAAGUUCAAAGUAUCGUUGAAUUAGCCCAAGCUGUUUUGGCAAACACUGCACCUAGCGGACACCAAGCAAUCAACGAAUCAUUGGCGUAUCUUCAAGAACAAUGGAGUGCUGUGGCGUCGAAAAUGCUCGAAACUAAAACGAAUUUGGACGAUUCGAUUAACAAAUGGGCCGGUUUGUUGGAACAAAUUCAAUCGAUUAAUAAAACUAACGAAUACAUGCAAACGUCCUUGGAAGAACUGUCACAAUUCCAAGCAACGAUGACAGAAAAAAGGAGUCAAUUGGAACGUAUAAAAGCAUUGGAAGAAAAAAUCAGAUGCGAGAACAUAGAAGUUGAAAGUUUGAAAGCUAAAGUUGCUGAGAUGAUUGCAAGUGGACAACAAGGAUUGGCUGCUUCACACGCCCAAGAUAUUUUGGGUCGAUUUGAUAUGUUGUUUGAAAAAAUUAAAUCGUUAUUGACGGAACGUGAGGAACAAUACAAAGAUCAUCGUCUAUAUAAAGAAGCGCAUGACAAUUUGAUCAGUUGGCUUAAUCGUGCACGUGAAAAGAUACCAGCCAUGAAACAAAGAUCAUUGAGUGAUAAAUUGGCCAUUGAAAAUGCUGUAGCACCAUUGGAAAGUCUUUUGAAUAAAAAAGCUCAAGGGGAACUUUUGGUUGAACAUUUACAACACACUGGUAAAGUUGUAUGUGUUAGUACCAAUGCUCAAGGUCAAGAAGUUAUCAAAAAUGAGAUACGUGCAUUAACAGAAAGUUUCGAAGGAUUAUUCAAAGAAAUAAAACAACAAAAGGAUCAAUUGGAAUCAACCAUCAGUCAAUGGCGAGAUUACAAGGACGAAUAUGAACGACUUAGUGAUUGGUUGCAACAAUUUGACAUUCUUAUCAAAGCACAAAAGAAUGCAUUGUUGCCAAACGUUAAAGAGAAACAAAAACAAGUGCAAGAGGUAAAAGAAAUAUUGAACAAUUUGACUAAAGGUCAAGAACAAAUUGACAAAUUUAACAAAACUGCAUCUGGUUUGCUUUCUUCUCAUUUGGACACUUAUGUUAACAAUCAAUUACGUCAUUUAAAUUCACGUUAUCAAGUGCAAGUAAAUCUUGCUAAAGAUGUUCUAAACAAAGUUGAAAUUAAUUUGGCUCAACACGAGGAGUACGAGGCUUAUCUUGGUAAGGCACGUGAUUGGAUAGAAAAUGCAAAACAAAUUAUCAGACAAGGAACUGAAGCUGCAUCGACUAGCAGUAGAAACGAAUUGCAAAAUAGAUUAGACAAGAUACAAGAAUUAUUGAGGAAACGUGAGGAAGGACAAAAUUUGGUUCAUUUGACAAUAAAUUGUGGUGAAAAGGUGAUGAGAAAUACACGUUCAGAUGGUCGUGAAGAAAUUGGUUCGCAAUUGAAGGAUAUACAAAAUGAUUGGGAACGUUUAGUUAAGAAAAUAUCAACGACCAAAGUACAUUUGGAAACGAGUCUUUUACAAUGGGCUGAUUACAGUUCCUCUUAUUCACAAUUGCAACAAUGGAUCAACGAUCGUGAAGCUAAAUUGCAACAGGUUUGGGAACAGAAAGUUUCUAAAGCUAAAAAAGGUACAGCAGGUUUGAGUUCAUUGGCAAUUGGUGAAAGGAAAGCUAAUUUGCGUCAAACAAAUAGCAUCGUACAAGACAUAGUUGCAUUUGAACCAAUGAUACAAUCGGUAGCAACUAAAGCAGAAGAUUUGAGACAAGCUACACCAGCAACUGAGAUAUCCAUUAAAUAUAAAACAUUGAGUAAACACGCACAAGAACUUUAUGCUAAACAAAAGGAAACGGUGGAACAACAUCAAGCCUUUAUUGACAGUGGUAAUGAAUUUUUACAAUGGAUAAGAGUUGCCAAAGAAAGAUUAGGCAAAUGUUCAGAACCUACGGGUGACAAAGAAUCAAUAGCAAGUAAAAUUACACAAUUGAAGGUAUUGCAGUGUGAACUUUCUGAAGGACAGAAGAAACUUGAGAAAGCUUUAGAACGUGGUAAUGCUGCUUGUCAGAUUGCUGAUGCUGAAGAUAAAGAAAUAAUUGAGGAAGAAGUAGCAUUGUUGCAAGAUGAAUACGAUAAUUACGUAGAUUCAUUGGGUACAACAAAAUCUUUAUUAGAAGAAGCUAUUGUAAAAUGGACUCAAUACGAGGAACAAUUUUCUGAAGCUGCUGAUUGGUUGACUCAAACCGAACAACUCGUACAAUCUUUCAAUAAAUUACAGGACAGUUUGGAAGAAAAGAAAAACGUACUCGAACAAUUCCAAGUACAUUUGCAAACUUUGUUCGAUUGGCAAAAAGAAUUGGAUCGUUUGAAUAUGAAAGCUCAAAUGUUGGUAGAAACUUGUGCCGAUACGCGAAUAUCAAACGCUGUUACACAAUUGACAACCAAAUACAAUGCUCUUUUGUCACUUGCCAAAGAAAUUAUGAGACGAUUGGAAUUACAUUAUCAAGAACAUCAACAACACAAUACGUUGCAUCAAGAAUGUGAAGAUUGGAUUGAACGUACUCGAAACAAAUUGGGAGAGUGCAUGGAAAUUCCAAGUACUUUGCAAGAAGUUAACAAUAAAUUGCACACGUGUAAAACAAUAAGACAAACAUUAGAACAAGGUCAAAAUAAAUUACGUUAUGCGUUGGAAUUAAAGGAAAAGGUUAUAAUGAACACUGAACAAAAUGGUGCUGUUAAAAUACAAGAAGAUACUGAAAAUCUUAAAGCUGAAUUUGACAAAUUGUUAUCCGACGUUGAAAUUGCUAGACAAAAACUUUCCGUACGUGCAGGUGUAUUAGAAGAAUUGAACAAAAUUCAUAGAAUGAUCGCUGAUUGGAUUGAAGAGGUUGAAGGUAAAGUUCAAGCUGAAGAAAUUUACAGAAAUGAUUUAAGUGAAAAACGUGCCCUAUUGGAAAAAUUCAAAACGGUAUUAAGAGACAUAAUUGGUCAUGGUGAUUCAUUGAAUCGACUUAAAACACGUCUUGCUGAAGAUUCGACUAUACAAAAAAGUCCUUACGAGUCAACAAUAACAAAAUAUGAAUCGAUUAAACAAUCAAUUGCUGAUAAAAUAAAUAAAUUAGAAAAUCAAAUAAAAGAUCACGAAAAGUUUCAACAAGCUUACAAUGAAGCUACAGAUUGGGUACGUCAAACUAAACAGGAACUUCAACAACACAGUGACACACAUGGUGAUAAAGGACAAGUAUUGGAACGUGAAAAUAAAAUAAGUCAAAUUAUUUCAUCUUUGCCAAAAGGUGACAAAUUAAUCUCAAAAGUAAUUGAACUAAGGGAUGCUGUAAUUUCAACUACAGGUACAGAGGGUCAAGAUUCUAUCAAACAAGAUGUAAAACAAUUGCAAAAUGAUUGGUCCUUGUUACAAUCACAAUGUCACGAUUCGCAUGAAACUCUUAACAAUUGUAUAUCAAAGUGGUCACAAUUUACAGCUGCUGUGGAUAACAUGAAAGCAUGGAUUGAUUAUUUCCAACAGAAAGUUAACGAUGAACAAUCGAAAGAGAAUAAAACGCAAACGGAUUUAGCUAGAUGCAAACAAUUGGUCGAUGAAGCUAUCGAACAAAAACCCAUUUUGGAAGAUUUGAACGACAAAUGUGAAGCUUUGUUGGAAAUGAGUGCUUGGAGUUUAGCACGUGACAAAACUGUACAACUACAAUCAGCUUAUACAUCUUUACUCACCGAUGCACAAAGUUUAGUUUCCAAAGUUGAAAAGAAUCUAUCAGAUCAUACAGAAUUUUUGAAAGCUAAAAAAGAAAUGGAAGAUUGGUUGUGUUCCGUGCAAAAAUCUGUCAAAGAUUGUAUUGGAACUGGUGACGAAGCAUGGGCUAAGAAUAAACUAUCAAUCCUUAAGGUUGCAGCAUCACAAAUAACAGAAGGUCAACAAUUAUUAACCACCUUACAAAAUGCUUUCGUUAAAGCAAUUAACACCGCAUUACCUGAACAACAAGAUCAAUUAAGAACAGAUAUGGCUGAUCUACGAUCUAACUGGGAACAAUUGACCAUGGAUUUAAAUACCAAUCAAGCACGAGUUAAAUCGAUCCUUAGUCGUUGGGAGGAUCAUUUGGAAGCUUAUAACAAAUUUAAAAAAUGGUUGGACGAAACUUACGAAUCUACGGAAGAUUUGCCAAAUAGUAAAGGUGAAUUUGGUGAAAUGAAAACUUUGCUUGAACGUUACAAACACAUACAAGAAACUGUGCACAGUAAAAAAACAGAUUUGGAUAAUUUGAUGGAAGAAGCUGGUGAAUUGUCUAAUUGGGCUGACAAUAAUGACACGUUGGAACGAUCAAAAGAAUUGUUGACAAAAUGGCAAGCUUUGAGUGAUCGAGUUGAUGAAAGAAAGAAAUUGAUUGAGGAUGAAAUGAAAGAAUACAAUGCUUACCAUACUGCAUUACAGGAUACAGAAAAAUGGUUGUUACAAAUAUCGUUCCAAUUGAUGGCACAUAACUCACUGUAUAUAACUAGUAAAGAACAAACAAUGGCACAGAUGAAACAACACGAAUCAUUGCUGAUAGAAAUACAAAAGUAUCAAACUGUGCUUGAUGAUUUGAAAGCUAAAGGUCAAGGACAAAUAAAUCAAUACGUUGGGGUGAAUAAAGAAAUCAAGACGACCAUAGAAACGCAAUUGCAAAACGUUCAAGACAGUUACAAUUCAUUGUUGAAUACUGCGUUACAAAUAAAAGGUAGAUUGGCGGAUUCCUUAACGAAAUUCCAAGAAUACGAAAAUACUUUGGAAAGUAUCGCAAAGAAUUUAGAUUCUUAUCAAGUAGAAAUUGCACGUGAGUUGGAAGCUCCAUUGGAUACUUUGGCAGAAGCUGAAGGAAGUUUGGAAAAUGCUCGAACGUUGCAUAACAAGUUACAAUCGGAGAAAACACGUUUGGCAUUGGCUGUUGAAGCUUGCGAGGCAGCAGCAGCUUGCAUUUCCAGACCUGGUAGUCCAUUGGAUGCACCACCUGUACAAAUUGCACCAAGGGAAGUUGAAAUUCGUACGAAAUUGGAAGAUCUUAUCGAUCAAAUGCAAACCCACUUGACGAAUGUUACAAAAGUGGUCGGUGAUUUGGAAGAACAAACCAGACAAAAGAAUGCAUUGUGCAUGUGGAUAAAUCAACAACGUGCCCUUUGUGCAGAAUGGAAAUCAAGGCCGGCAAAAUUACGUUCAGAAGCUGCUCAAGCUGAAUUGCAAACGAUGAAUGAAUUAUUGGUUAAUGUUAAUGAACGUCGUACGCGUGCACUGACAGAACUUUCAUCGCAUCCGGAAAUACAAGAAGUUGAAGAUGGACUGAACAAAUUGGAAGCUGAAUUGACAGAUGCCAUUGUUGGUAAACAAGCGUCACAAGAUUUGAUACAAAAGUAUAGAAAUCAAGUGCAAGAUAUUCAAACGUGGUUUGAUACUCUGUUAAAAAAAGCUGAUGGUAUUGAAAAGGGUAGUGGUCUUACGAUUGGUCAAAAGAUUUCUAAUAUAAAAGAAAUAAUCGGUGAAUUUGAAUCACAGAGUACAGACAGAAUGGAUGAAGUUAAGAAAUUGGGUGAUCAAGUAAUGGAUUCUGUCAGUAAUUUGGAUUCUCAACAAAUUGAGGAACAAAUUAAGUUCAUUGAAAGACGUUAUACAGAUAUUAGUAAAAAAUUGCAAAGAAAGGCACAAGUUUUGGAUAUGACAGCUCAGGGUAUCGAAGCUACUCGUCAAGAAAUUGAAGAAAAUCGUAAUUGGAUUGAACAGAAGAAAGAACACGCUAGAUUGACCGAACCUUUGGGAUACGAGAGUAAACAAGCUGAAGAAAGGUUGCUUGUACUUAAGAGUAUAUUAAAAGAAGCCGAAGGUAAACAAAUGAUAGUAGACACUCUUGAAAAACGUGUUGGAAAUAUGCAAAAUGAAUUGGAAACUAGCGAACAACAGCAAUUGGAAGAUAAUACAAAAGCUUUGAGAGGAGAACAUAUCGAAUUGCGUACAAUUUUGCAAGAAGAAAUUUCCAUUGCGAGUGCAGCUGUAGAUGCUUGUCGCAAAUUUGAAACUGAUUUAGCACGAGCACGUGCAUGGAUCAAAAACAAGAGCAACGAAUUGAAGAAACUUAGUGGUUACCUUCCCCUAAAAGCAUCAAAAGUUGAACAAGAAAUUACCCAACACAGCAGUUUAGAAUCUGAAAUUGAAUCCUUCAACGAAGGCAAUUUGAAUGACAUUAUAAAACAGGGACACAAUAUGUUGAAAGAAUGUAACGCUGAAGAUCGUGCCAAAUUGCAAGGUUUAUUAGACGAUUUGAACAAAGAUUACGAAGAAUUGAAAAGAGAAGCUAAAGAAAAGCAAGCAUCCCUUAACGAUCUUCUUCAAGGACGUAAAUCGUUCGAAAAUGAAAUGGACAAGUGUCAACGUUGGAUCAACGAAGCAGAAGUUGCUACUUCAUUAGAAUUGCGAACAUCUAGCGUUGAUGUUUUACGUGAACAACUUGCUAAGUACGAUCGUUUGAAGAAAGAAGCCAAAGAAUAUGAAGAUAACAUAGAAAAGAUAACCCAACAAGGAAAAUCAAUUUUGCCAACUAUCAGUGAUGCCGAUAAACAAGAACUCAGUGAACAAUUGAAAUGCAUGAAAGAGGCCCACGAUAGGGUUGCUAAUGUAAUCAACGAAAGGGCUAAUAAUUUGCAGAAAAAAAUUGACGAAGCUGAAGAAGCUGCUGCAAGGGUUGCUGAAGCUGUACAAUUCAUGACUGACAUUCAAAAAGAACUUCAAGAUUUGAACAAACCAAUCGGUGCACGUAUCGAGGACGUUGAAGGAAUGUUGGCAGCUUACGAAAGAAUCUUAGAUGAUCUUAAAAACAACAAAUCUAAGUUAUCCGGUUUGCAAUCGGCUAAUGUUGGUGAUCUUCAAAGUAUUCUUGCUCAACAGGAUGAUCUUAUAAGAGCAUUGGAAGCACAAAUUGCAAAACUUAGACAACUUUUGCUUCUUCGUCAACAAUUUAUAGCAUUGGUUGGUGAAAUUACUACUUUCAUUGCUAAAUAUACGGAAAUUAUUCGAGAUAUUGAAAAAUCUGGUCAAACAACUGAAGACAAAAUCAAAAGGUAUGAUGAUGCUAUAUUAAAAAUACAAGAAUGUGAAGCUACAUUAGCAAGUGCUACAGAUAAAGGGCAACAAAUAGCUGCUGAGGGUUCAGCAGUUGAUAGAAAUAUUAUAACAGAACAAUUGCAAACUCUCAAACAACAACUUCAAGGUCUCAGAAGAGCUGUUGAAACUCAAAGAGAAAAACACGAAUUGGCUGCUGCUGAACACAGAAGAUUAGCUGAAGAAUUGGCCGACAUUUUAGAUUGGAUUGAAAGUAAAGAAAAAGAGGUUAAAUCUAGACCACUGUUGGAAAGGGAUCCUCAAAGUGUUGAAGAAGAAAUAAACAAACAUAAAAUUCUUUGUGACAGUAUAAACGAAUAUUUGGAUAAAAUUCGUACGUUAAAGGAUUCCGUGAAACAUGAGGAAGGUAUGCCAGGAUCAUUGAAAGAAAUGUUAAGUGAAGCAAUGUCACUGUUAACGUCAUUACCCAGAGAAAUGGAGGAACGUGGAAAUUAUAUUGAAAAUAAUUUACAAAUGAGAUUAAAUUAUGCCCAAUUAGCCGAUAAAUUGCACAAUUGGGUCAAAGAAGCUGAAAUUAGACUUGAAAGUGAUAAGGAUGGUCUUGAUUUUGAAAAUAUUCUUAGUGAUUUGGAAGAACACAAGAUAUACUUUAGUACCGAAUCAUCGAUUCGUGAAUUGGUAUCCCAACAAAUUCAACAAGCUGCUGAUAAAAUAUGGCCAUCAUUGAAUAGUUCUGAACAAGAGGAAUUAAGUACAGAACAACAACAACAUACACAAUUGUUAAAGAACACAUUGAAUACUGCUAGAUCUCAACGAGCACGUAUGGAACAAGGUGCAGAAACUUGGAGGGAUUACAGUCAAACCUUGGAACGUGUUCGUGCUGUCAUAGCUAGGACAAGAUUCACUGAUGAACCUGUUACAACUUUAGCCGGCUUGCAGUUUAAUAUUCAAAAGAUUACUCAUGCAUUAAAUGAUAUUCAGAAUCAACAGUUCGAAUUAGAUUUGUUGAACGAACGUGGUCGUGAAGUUUUACAUUUGGCUAAUCCACGUAACAAAAAGAAGAUUGAGGAACAAUCUGCUGAGAUAACUGCUGAAUGGAAAGAAUUGGUUUCUGGUUUGGAAGGACGUAGAGAUGCACUUGAAGCUUUAUCGAGACAUUGGGAAGAAUUGGAAGCACGUUAUUCUCACGUUGAAACACGAUUGAAUGCUAUUGAAGAAAAAAGUAAACUAAUUGAUACGAUUGUUAGAUCAAAACAACAUUUGCAAGAUACCAGCAAAGCUUUAUACGAAUUAAUUGCGGAUGCUGAUAAGCUUAGACCGGCAACUGAGGAAAUACAAACAUUAGCAGGACCAGUGCUCAUUUAUCUGUCAGCUUUUACACAAGCCCCGGCAUGUGCUCUCGAGGAACGCAUCAAACAUCUUCAAAAGUCCGCCGAAUCACUCGUUGGUUCAUUACGGGAGAAAUCGAAGAAAGCUGAGGAAGAUCUUAAGGAACUCGAAAAUCUCGAAAGUGAAAUAGAAAUCUUACGUGAAAAUUUGAACGAGUUAAAAAUUGGUGUAACAAAUUUAUACGUAUUUGGUGCAGAUCAGGAUAAAACUGAUAAACAAGUUAACGAAUUGAAAUUAAAAUUGGACGAUUUGUUAGAUAAAUCAAAGAAAUUGAGUGUUAACGUUAAGGCGCGGUAUCAAGUUAGUCAGCAGUUGGUACCAACCGAUUUAUCCCAGCACUUAACAGCUCUCGAGCUUUGUGCCGAGGCUAGUGCACAAGCUAUGGAUGAGAAACAGAGAGAAUUUAAACGUGCCAGGACCACUAGGUCGGAUUAUUUGACCGACGUAGACGAUGUUCAGGCAUGGGUUAGACAAGCUGAGAUUAAAGUGCAAGAUAGAUCAGUAGAACCACAUGCACUUAGGGAAAGUUUACGAUUGAUACAAAAUGAGCUGGGACCUAUCACCGAUAAACUCGAACGAUUAACGAGAAAUGCACGUAUAAUCAUCGAUAAUACGCAAGACGACAACGAAAAGGAAUUAAUCGAUAAAACUGUUAACGAUUUGAAAGAACAAUUGGGACAAGUUAGAAAUUGGUUAGAUGAAAAGAGACAAAUUGUUGGUGACACGUUAGACGCUUGGCAAAGGUUUUUAACACUUUACGAUGCUGUCAGAGCAUGGACCGAAGAAAAGAAACAAUUUUUAACAGAACCGUUAAAACUCAGUACUCUCAUUCAGGCCAGACAAAGACUUCACGAAUAUUCGACCGCUGUUAAAAGCUGUAAACAGGUUAACAAAAAUCUAAGCGACAUGGCCAAAGAAUUAGACAACAUUCGUCAGGUAACAACCACUGGUGAUUUACCUGAAAAAUUUAUUGAAGCUGAGGAAGCUAAGAUACACGUUGAAGGACAACUAUUGGAAAGAAACGCAUUGCUGCAAGAAACUAGCGAGGAAUGGGAACAAUGCGAAAGAAAGAUGAAGGAGGUUAAAAGUUGGAUGGAAAAAGCCAAACAAAUACUCGAAUCACCGCAAAAUAAGAAAAAACCAUUACACGAUCAACACGCAAUUAGGGAAAAAAUGUUGAGCGAUGUUACCAUACAAAAGACAAAAAUCAAAAUAUCCAUAGAAAAAUUACGUGUACAUUUUAGAUCAGGUAUAGGUGGUGACAAAAAGAUAUCCGAAAUUGCUGAAGAAUUAUUAGCGGAAUUAGAUGUCCUUUAUAAAACUGUAACUGAAGAGACUGCAUCAUUGGAACAAUGUUUGGAUCAGAUUGAUCAAUAUCAACAGGAAAUACAAAAAUUACGUCAAAAGGUUGUUCAAGCGGAACAGCAACUUAGGACAGUAUUAAGCCCAACGUAUUUACCUAACAACAGAGAAAAAGCUUUACAAGAACAACAGGAUACUAUUGAAGCACGUAUUGAGAUAUUAAAAAAUGCCAUCUUGGAUUUAGAAGCUACGAAUUUACCACGUGAUUCUAUUCAAUCUAUGUUAUCUGCCACCGAGGUAAUGAUAAAAGAGCUUGAAAAUUAUGACGAAGAGGCUACUGAUUUGUAUAAACAAUUAAAUGAAAUUUCAUUCGAUUCUACUUGUCAAAUGUAUACGAAUACUUUGGAAAAUAUACAAUUGCAAAUAAAUAAUUUAUUGAUACAAGCUAAACAAAGUAAUGACCUAUUGAAAGAAGCUUUGGAUAUUCAUCGUCAACGAACAACAGAAAUAAAUGAAUAUUUAAUGUUCCUUGAAGAAACUGAUGCUUGGUUAAAGGAUAUUGUACUUAAAAUAAACGAUCAAUUACCCAUGGAUCAGAAUUUGCAAGACCAGUUGUUAGAUCGUAGUCAACGUGUAUCAGAAUUGGAAUCAUUACCGGAAGUUAAGGAUUUGGCCAGUGCAUUGAAGAACGAACUAUUGGAUAUGAUUAAUCGUCUUCAGCAAAAGCAGCAGGAAUUGCUGGAAGAAGAAGCAAUGGCCGAUGACGAAACAACUGAUCGUGAUGAUGCAACAAUCGAUCAGGCACCAUCGAUACACUCAACUACUACUAUUGAAAGUGGUCCACCAUCAUUAGCUGAUGUUUCAUUACAAACAGGACAAAGUUUAUUAUUAGAUAUCUUAGAAGAUAAGCCAAUACAAUUAACUAAACAAACAUCGACAAUACAAAUUCCAGUUACAACGUCUACACAAACAUUAAUGACACAAACUAUAGAUACCACUAAUUAUCCAGAUCAACAAAUAAAAGAAACAAUUAAGGUAGUCAAAUUGUCAGAGGGUGAUCAUGAUGUUAUAGAGAUAGCUACGAAAAAUGCUAGGGCUGAUAUUAAUCAAAGUUUAAUUAGAAAUGAACAAAGUAAUAUCAUACCUGAUGAUGAUAUCAUAGUUGAUAUGAAAUAUCAAGAUGGUCAGAAAGAGGAUAAUGCUAAAAGUGAAUUAAACAUUCACCAUGUUACACCACAAUCUUUUGAAACUGUACUAACUGAACCGGAUAACGUGACAACCGAAGUAGUUGUCGAUGCAGAUGGUACGAAAAGAAUUAUCGUUAGAAAAUUAAGACAUACUGUUGUUACUAAUAGAAAUACUGAACAACAUGCAUCCUCAAUUACAACAGCACUCGGUAAAGAUGCAUCAAGGAUGCAAGCAUUUUCAGAAGCAACAUUGAGAGAUCAAUACGUUACGGUAACUACAACGAAACCUGAUGGUACCGUUGAAACAUUGACGAAACAAAUUCAUGGUAGUAAAGUAACCACAGGUAUACCUGAUGCUGAAUAUUUCGAAGAAAAAUAUGAAACAACUCCACAAUAUACUCACAAAAUAACUCAAGGUGCUAUUAAAGAUAUCAGUCCUUUACCUAUCGAAGAAGAAAUACUUGAACAUGGCCAAUAUCAAACUAAAACAUCCAGUGUUCACGCUGUAGUACAACAGGUUACUAGAAGGGUCAUUAAAAAAACACGUAGGAUUAUCAGAAAAGUUACGAUAAUAGAUGGUAAAGAAACUACCAGUGAAGAAAUAAUUGAAGAACCUGAAGAAAUAGAAAUCGAUGAACAAGAUAUACCGCAUAUUAAUAUUAAUGUUAUUAAAAAUGAAAGCGAAAGAACAUUGGGAUUGGAACAAAAAGUUAAUGAUGAAAAGAAACAGAUGAAAGAAUCUUCAUUAUUCUCAACUUUCUCAGGAAACUUACAAACUACUACUUUUGAACAGAAUUGUCCAGGUAGUCCUAUGCAAGGACCAUUCUUUGGUCCAUUUGCAAAGGAUAUGUCAAGCAUACGUCGUUCUGAAGUUAAGAAAAAACCUAUUGUUGAUGAUACUAAAGUUGAAUCGAAAGAAACGGAUAAAGUUGAAAUAAAACAUUCGACAAACGAUGAUAAAAGUGAACAAAACUUUGUAACAAGUGAACAACCUGUAACUGUAGUUCAAGAACAAGAUAUUUUAACUUGUACUAUCACUGAUAUUCCAACUGAAACUGACACUGAUGAUAUUCAUAGUCAUCGAGAUAUUAUUACAGAGGUAAAUAAUACUGAAGAAAUGUUUCCAAAGGAAGAAGUUACGUCCUAUCUAGAAGAGUCUAUUAUUUUACAGACACCAGAUGAGGAUAUGCCUGCUGUUAUACAAUCACCAAUUUCAUCGGAGGAUCCAGCAAAGACCGACAACGCAUCAAUUACUACUGAAGCUACUUGUAAGUCAGAUGAUGCACCAAUAAACAACAAAACACUUGAUACAUUGGUAGAAAGCAGCACGGUAGAAGUAGCUCAGCACGAUGAUGAUAGCAAUAUUGUAGAUCCUGACAAUGAAACUAAUACAACGAGUAUUUGUAUGUUAGAGGAUCAACGAGAUCAACAAGAUACCCAAACAAUCCAAGAACAAUUAUUACCUACAAUGGAAAACAAAUUACAAAGACAGUUAUCUGAUAUUCAACCAGAUGUUAAAUCAAAAGAAACUACAUCGUUGGAAACAGUUAAAUUAACACAAACUACUACUGACAAAGAUAUUUCAAAAAUGCAAGAUGAAAAAGAACAAGUAGAUACAUUUUUAACUAAAGAAAGAGAAGGUGUAUCUAAAGAUAAUAUCUUUUUGUCCGAACAAAAACCAAUUGCUGGUGGAAAAGUUGAAAUUUCAUUGUCUAUUGAAAAACAUGAUGAAAAACCGGAGUCCAUGGUAUAUGUAAAAACUCAAUCAGAACAUUCAAAUGAACGACCUUAUCAUACUGUCCUAGAAGACGUUAAAAUUAAUCUUCCAGCUGAUCAAGAAGCAUCUGAAGUUAUUCAUAAUAAAACAGUACAAACUAGUCCAUUGUAUAUUGUUCAGAAAGACACUGUAACCACUCAAACUUCGAUUCCAUCGACUGCCGAAACGAGUCAACAAGAAUCGGUCGUGAGUGAUGAAUUAAACGUACAAGAUAAUCAAGACAAUAAAACACAAGAAGAAUUGCAUCAAUUGCAACAAGAUGCAGGAACUAUUAGUCCAGUUUCUACGACUAUUGCUGAAUCAAUAGAAAUUAGCGUACCAUUAUCAGAAUCACCAGAACAUAUUAGUGAACAACCUCAACCAGACAUUGUAGAAAUCACUGAUUCACUAGGAUUAAGUUCAAAUAAUAAAAAUGAUAGUUUUGGUUAUGAUCAUGGUUAUGAACCAGAUGACAGAACAACGGUUGAAGAACCUUCUUCUGUUCAAGCUGAUGAUAUUAACAGAAAAAAGAAAAAGAAAAAAAGAAAGAAACAAAAGAGUCGUGAAAUGAUAGAAGAUUCUUCUGGAAUACUUCAACAUUCAUCUGACGAUGAAGAUACAACGAAUAAGGUAAUAAUAUCAGAUAAAGAAGAUAAUAUAAAUAAUGAUACGAAAGAAAUUGAAGAUAUUGAAACGCACAAGUCUGUCAUUGAAGAACCGAUAAUCAAUAUAGAUAAAAUUCCUAUUGAUACGCAAACGGUUGCUAUAGAAACAUGUAACGUAUCCAUUUCUCCGGAACAAAACAAAGAAUUAGUUCCUGUAGGAUCAGUAAUUGACACUGUCGAACAAGAGAUACAAACAUUUAAAGUAGAAGAAACAGAUAGUCAUAUGCAAACCUCACCGAAAUCAAUGUUUGAAAGUGGUGUACAAACGGUUCAGGAAGAAACACCUAAAAUAAAAGAAUGUAGUAUGCAAACAGUUACACCUACGAAAAUACAAAUGACGGAAUAUGCAAUUCAGACCAGUCCAAUUGAAGAAGUUCUUCCAUCAUCACCUAUCUUGUUAGAAACUAAAGACUCUUAUGUACAAACAAUCGUAGAAAUGGAUUCAUCAGAAAUGCAAACUUCACCGAUAGAAUGCAUUCCUUCGAUAGAUAUGGAAACACAAACGUUAUCUAAAAUAUCUAUCGAAGCUGAACAACAAACCACUCCUCCUGCAACUACAGAACAAACGACAUCACCUGAUAAAUUCGAAAUAGUCGAAGAACCACCUAGUAGUCCUAAGAAACCGGAAAUGUUAGAUUUCGAUGUUCAAGCUGAAUUAUUGGAUAAAGCAAUACUCGAAACUACUGAAACUCAAACAAUGUCGAUUGAACCUGUACAACAAAUGGAAACUCAAGAAACUGAGGUACAAACUAAAUCACCUGAAAUUCGUUCAUUAGAAACCAUGGAAACUCAGACAAGUCCUGAAGAAAGUCUGAACAAAAUUGAAACAGAAGAAAGGGAAAUACAAGUUAAAUCGUUCCAACUAUCUCCACUUGACAGUAUUGAGACUCAAACAACCCCAGCACAGAGUCCUCGUAAAAUAGAAAACAUGGAAAAAGAAGUACAAGCACAAUUGAUGGAUAUUACUUCUCCUGAAACUGUGGAAACACAAACGACACCUAAGGAUAGUCCAAAAAAAGUAGAAGUCUUGGAAAGAGAAGUUCAAACAAAAUCAUUGUCACCGAUUAAUGACAUCACGACUCAAACAAGUCCGGUUACUAGUUUACAACCACCAGAAAGUUACGAUCUGGAAACACAAACUACUCAAAAAUCAGAAGAUAUUGAAGAAGAAACACAAACUAGUUUGCCUGAACUUGUAGAAACUAUUAGUAGUUCUAUGCAAGUUGAAUCUAAAGAAUUGAUACCUCUUCUUGAUAAAACUUCACAAAUAUCUGCUGAAAGUUAUGAGAAAAGUUCACAAGUUUCACCCAAGUUACAAGAAGUGUUGGAUGAAUCGAUGCAUGGUUCUAGUGAAGAUCAACUUUUAAAAAGUACAGUCAGUGAUACAGAAAUGAAACCAAGUUUAACUGAAGUACCAAUCGUAGAAGCUACUGAAGCAUUAUUACAAUCAGAAAUUAGCGAUGCUAAAUAUACAGAAUCACCUAAACCUGAUAUAAAAGUUUCAGAAGAAACUACUCCUCUUCAAAAGGAAGAUAAAGUUAUGGAAAUUACCAAAGAAGAAAUUGAAGAUGUAACUUUAGAAAAAGAAGAUAUUUCUGAAUCUAAAAAAUCAAUGGAUAAAUCGUUAGAAAAAAGUUCAACACCGGAUACUUCAUUCGAGGUACACGUUAAAGCUACGAUAGAAUUAUCUAGCAGUGAAACAUCAGGUGAAGCUGUAAUAAAUGUUGAAUCACCGACAGAUACAUCACAAGAUGUGUCAUUAACAACACCAAGCACGAAUGACAAUAACGAAGCUAAACGUGAAAAAAGGCAAAAGAGAAAAAGGAAACAUAAAAGUAUGGAAAUUCAAUUGCCAACUAAAGAAAUGACCAAUUUAAAUUCGAUAUUUGGACAACCGGCAGAAUCCCAAAGCUCGUCUUUGAAAUUGUCUUAUUCAGACGUAGCUAAGAAAAAUGCAAGUAAACAACCAUUAACUGUAAAUAUCGAUGAACCUAACGUUGAACAAAAUUCUGAAGAAAUCGUUGAAGAUACAUUGACAAAAUCUUCUUCAGUUCCAUUGGAUUUUAACGAAGAAUUUAAGAAAGAUGAUCAAGAAGAAACUGUACGAAUUCCUUUGGACAUUAAUACGAGUCCUGUAACCCAAUCAACAAUUUUCACUGAUAUCUCGAAACCAUCUAAAUCAAAUAAACCAUUGGAAGCAUCUUUAGGUCGCGAAGAUCAAAGAUUCGAAGCAUUGUUCGUAUCAACCCCAAGUGAACCAAUGGAUACAACUAUGUCACCUGAUGAAUCCCCGUCAUCGUCAAAUCAAUUAUCAGAUAAACCUGAGAAAACACAAGUGAAAACUUACGCAGAAGCCAUUUCCCAAUUAUUAAAAACAUCGUCAGUACCAAAUACAGUCGAAUAUGAAAAGGAAUAUGAUACGUCAGCUUGGGAAGAUCGAUUACUCGUUCCUCAUUCAACAAAUUCCCAAAAAGGAUCUAACAGUCAUGCUGAUUUUUCAUUAAUGGAAAGUAGAAUUCCUCAACCAACCCAAAAGACCCAAACUACGAGAAUUAUUUCUGAUAGAGUUAAGAGUCUUAACAAUGCUGCUGAGGUAGAUCAUUUGGGUAAUGUGUUGCACGUUGCACGUUUGAGCGAAGUUACCACAGAUAAAUCAGCUGAAGAACGUUCAAUGGACGUAAGAAAAGAAUUGUCACAACUUAGAAAUGCUAUUGAAGAAAAUGAUAUAGUAAUCGUUGAGGAAACACUUUUAACAGUUAUAGAAACUAUAUCAACCUGGUUAGAAACAAUUGAAUAUAGAAUUUUCCUCAACAGAGAAUGUCCAAGUGGAUUAUCUCACAGUGACGCUAAAACUUUUAUCGAAUUGAAAGAAGAAGUUGAUCACGUUGCUGAUAAUAUCAGAGAACUCGAUGACAUGUGGAAACUCGUUGAAGCAAAUUAUCCUAUCGAGGAACGUGCCGUAUUGAGAGAAUGUUUCGAUGCACUUGAACAACACGCAAAAGCUGUUGAACACGUGACUAAUACCAGCGAAGAAUGUGCCAAUAAUCAUCUUGCCAAGUGGGAUGAAUUAUUAAAUGGUAUUAAUAACAUCUACAGGUUAGUCGAGGAACAACGCAAACAAUUGGAUAAUAUUAUCGAAUGCGAAGCUUCGACAAGAUGGAAGCUUCAAGAAUUGGAUAAAAUGGAAAACAUGAAUCGUUGUCACAUGUGGAAAACUGGAAAAUUACUUGCAACUUCUCAUGAAUUAUUACGAGAUUAUCCUGGAAAGAUUAUACCGGAGGAAACUUAUUUGGCACAUGAAAUUACGAAAAUUAUUGAAAAUAGUAUAACCAUAGAAAGAGAUCGUCUUUUACAAUUGUUAGCUUUGGCUGAAGAAUAUGAACAAACGUUGCAAGAAUUUUCACAGAUUAUCGAAAUUGCUGAAAAUUUACUGCAAAGUCCGAUAUCCGUUAUGAAUUUGGAACACCUUCAAGAAGAAAUGCAAAAACAUAGGAAAUUCUUCGUUAAUUUGAAUCACUGUCGUGCCAUUUUGGAAUCAUUGGAAGGCAAUUUGGAUCCAGAAACUCGGGCAAAACAUUCUGAUUUACACGUUGAAUUGCAUAGCCGUGCAUCCUCGUUACUCGAUCAAGCUGCUUCUCGUGCACAACAAAUGGCACUGGCAGCAACAAGAUGGAUUCUUUUGGAACAAGGUGUUAAAGAGGAAAAAGGUUGGCUUCAAGUAGCUCAUCAACGUGUUCCUGAUCUUCAAACAGUUACUUCUUCCGAUUACGAUCAAUAUAUUUCUUUAUAUCAGUCUUUAUCUUCGGAUGUUGCGAUGCAUCACGCCCGUAUCAUUCAACUAUUGGACAUUGCAAAUCGUUUAGAAGAAUUGGUUACCAUUGAAAAUUCUGAAGAUCAUUAUAACGAAGUAUUAGAUGAGAUUGUUAAACUACGAGAUAACAUAGAAUCAUCCUUAAGACGAUUGUUAUCUUUCCGAGAAAAUUGGAGUACUCAGCAAACAUUAAUCAAUCGUAUUGAGAAUUGGAUGACAACUGCUGAGAAAGAAUUAAUUCCUUUGAGUAAUACGUCAAGUGGAAACAUGCGUCGUUUUUGGGAAUUGAAAGCACAAUACGAGAUACACAACAACAUGCGAAAUGAGGCAGACAAGUGUUUCGAUCAGGCAUUAAAAAUCAUACCAUUGUCCGAUGAAACUUAUCAAAGACAUUUCUAUGGUGAAUUGCAAUAUCGAUGGAAAGAUGUUACGGACAAAAUCAAUGACAUACAAUCAGAAAUUACACGUAACAUUUCAUCCGAGGACGUAUCGUCCAACGAAAAAUUGAAAAUAUUGGAAAAAGAAUUGAACGAAUUGAGAAUGUGUUUGGAUGAUUUGCACGGAGUAUUGAAAACCGAAGAAGAACUUGAUCUUUAUAUCGAAAGACUUACAGUUUUAUUCGACAGGGUUACCUUGAUUCAAGAUAAAUUGAGUCGUUUGGGUCUUUUACCAGCUGCUGAAAGUGAAACCGUUGGUAUUUUAUUAUCAUCGGCACAUCGUAUUGAAGGACAGAUAGGUGAAGAAUUGGAUUCGGCUCAAUUACUUCGUGACAAACUUCAAGCAUUGAGACGUGGACUGGGACGUGUCAGAAAAUCUCAUGAAAAGCAUUCCAUGACAUUGGAUCAAUGCGAGGAAAGUGAAAAACAAGGUAGCGAUGUUGUAUCAGCUGCAGUAGAUCGUUGCGAAUCGGUUGCGGAUGAAUUGAUUGUACUUUGGCACGAUCUCAUGGGUCUCAGACAAAUGUUACAUAAAUUACCAUCUGGCAUGAGAGUUACCGUAUCACCUAUUGGUAUCGAACGUGACAUAUCAGCACUUCAAGAUGCCCAUACCGAAUUAGAAUCUAGAUGCACACGUUUGUUGUCAUUAUUAAGAAAUAGAUUAGCUUUGUGGAAUCGUUUUGAAAAACAUUUGGAAAUGGUACAACAAUCCGUUCAAGAAGCUGAUUAUAUGAUGGAACUUUUAACUGUACAAGGUUCGGUCGAUUAUGAUCGAUUACUCAAGGCCACGGAAAGACUCGAGGGAUUAAAUGGUGAUUUCGGUGCACGCGAGGUGCUUAUUAGCGAACUUCAUGCCUCUGCUGAACCUUUGCGGGAGAGUUGCGCUGCAGAGGUCCGUGAAAGGGUCGAAGCUGCGGUAAAUGAAGCUGUAAGAGCUUGGGAAGACACCAAAGCUGAAUUGGAUGCACUUUGUACCAAAUAUCAACACGCCUGCAACCUGUGGCAACAAUAUAGAGAUUCUAGUGCAGCUGUUAAGAACUGGGUGGACACUCAAAUGGGUAGCGUGGCUAAUUUACCUCCUGAGGAAGCUAUCAAACAAGUUAAGAUUUGUGAAGAAACCCUGGCGGAACAUAAGGAAAGGUUAGCAGAAUUACGCGAUUUGGUAGCCCAAAUUGCAUCAGAUGUUGGUUUGAAUGCUGGUGGUCCAUUACAUUGCGAGGUUGAAGCACUUGGUCGUAGACUCGAGGAUGCUCGUGAAACUUUGUCAACCCUUGCAGACACAGCUGACGUUCGUGUAUUCAAUCAGGAACUUACCCAUGUUGAUCUUUGUCAAACUAAGAAUUUCCUUGAUACCGUACAACAGAGUUUGACGAGUGUCGGGCAAGAAGAAUCCAAUGAACACUUGAAACUACUGCGUAAUCAUUUGCUUGCGUUAACACGAACUGAACCACAGCUCCAAUCUAUAAAGGAUAGGACAGUAACAAUGUCAACUCAAGAACCAUCAGUGGUUGAAGUACUUCAACAAUGGCAACGUGUAUUCAAAGAAACUUUCCAACAUUAUCAUCGUUUGUCAACACGUUUGUUCAAAUCACAGGACGUAUUAGCAGUUUUCAAAUUGUGGCAAGAACAUUUGACUUAUGUUCAAGAAUUCUUAUCCAAUCGUGUACCUGGUGAUUACAAUGGUUUAUCGGAACAUAGAAAUCUUUGUGAGGUUUAUAGAAAUCUACUUACCGAUCAACAAAAUCAUUUGUUAACGAUACAUGGAAAAGAGGAUAAGGAUAAUCUAAAUGUUACUGAACAAUUCAACGUAUUGACGAAUCUUCAUAAUGAAAUAUUAGCCAAAAUUAUCGAAAGGCAUACUGCAGUACAUGACAGAUUAUUGGCAUGGGACAAUUACAGGCGUGAUCAAAAUGAUCUGUUCGCAUGGUUGAAAGACAUAGAAAGAGAACGCAGUAGAUUGCAAUUACGUUUCAUACACCUUCACAGAUUGGAUAAAAUUCUUCAAAGGAUUCAAACGUUAUUGGACAAAAUUCCAUCGGGAGAGGCACAAAUAGAAUCCUUACAAAAACAACAAAUGCAUUUGCUCGUUGAUUGUGAUGAGACUUUGGCUGUUUCCGUUCGUAUGGAACACGCUGCAAACGUUGAACGUAUUGCCAAUUUACGUGCGGGUUUAGAAACCUGGAGAGAUUUUGUUGAAAGGGUUAGGAAACAUCAUGAACAACAUGUUGCACAGACGGACAAAAUUACGAAUAGUUUACAGGAUAUCGGUCAAAUACUUAAUUCAGUUCUUCACUCGAUUCCAGGCAAAUUGUCACAAACCAAAGAUAAUUUGUUAUUCCUACAAAAAUUGAAAACUCGUUUGGCCAAGAACAGCAACGAAUUGGAAUCUUUGAAUGUACUUACCAAACAAUUACGGGAAUGUCUUAGUCCGUCAGAUAUGAAAUCGUUGAACCAACACGUUGCACUUUUGUGGCAACAACAAGGUGAUCUGGAUCAUCAAUUAGCAUUAAUCGAAUACAAACUUGGUGAACGUUGUGAUCUUCAUAAACGUUGGAUCAACAGACAAAGCAGAUUGUUGACCUGGAUCGAGGACGCCGAAAUCAGAGUUAAAAAUUGGGACAUGUCACCUAUCGGUGAACCCGAAGAAAUUAUCAAACGUUUCGAGUGUGAGUUGCAAGCAGAAAUAGCAUUGAAACAACGUGAAUACGAGUGGGUGUUAAAAACUGGUCAACAAUUAAUCGACGCUACUGACAAUAGUGAAAAAGCUAAAGUGCAAGCCGAAUUGGACGAAGUUAACGAUAAAUGGUAUAAAUUGCUUAACAGUGGUAAAGUUCGUGCUAAUAAAUUACUCGAAUUAAUACAAUCCAUAAACAAUCUUGAAAAGAAAUUGAUAGAACAAAGAAGUUGGAUGACGAGUAUAGAGACACAACUUUCGGAAAAUUUUAUCAUCGAGACUAUUAGUCAAAGUUGUGUCGAUAAGAAAUUAGAGGACCAUGAAUACAUUGAAAAAGCUAUUCAAACGGAAGGUGCCAAAAUCAGUGAAAUAUUAAACCUCUGUGAAAUGUUAUUGUAUGAUUCCGAUGUAUAUAAAGCAUCAUUGAACACUGAUACGAUAAAGAACGGUAUGGAAAAUCUUGAACGUCGUUGGAAGACAACGUGUGUUAAAUCGGCCGAACGUAAACAAGAUAUCAUACUGGCCUGGAAAUUGUUACGGGAAAUGGAUAAUAUUAGAACGGAACACGAGGGUUGGAUAACUCAAACGGAAAUUGCACUUGCCAAUUUUGAAAAGGAAAUGAACGAGAUUACUAAAAAGGAUACGGGAGAAAUGUUGGAAGGAUUGAAAUCUAUAAUGAAAGAUAUCGAAGCUCAUGAGCCGGCUUUGAAAAUUCUUGAACAAAACUUUGGACGACUCGCUAAGACCAGAUUGGAACCUGAAAAUUUAAAAUCACUUACUAGCGAAAGUAGAAAAAUUAUAGACCGAUGGCUCCAACUUCGUAUCAGAACAAAUUCCAUAAUUUCAGCGAUAGAACGUGAACAAAUGGAUUAUCGCGAAUUUAGUUUAGCUCACAGUGCCGCGUUAGUUGGCUUAACGCAAAUCGAUAUUCGAUUGACUCAACUGCAACAUUUGCUUACACCAGAACAACGAUCCUCACCCCGUAGCAGAUUGCAACGUUUAUCCGAAAUCGAAAAAGAAUUAAAUGCUCAAAAUAUUCUACUGCAAAAAGCUGACAAAUUAGCACUCGAAAUUAUGCAGGAAAGUCAUCAGGAUGAUGUGGCUAGUAUACAGGAACUCGUAGACGAAUAUCAAUCUUUAUGGAAAGAAAUUAAAACUCGUGUUGCUAAUUUAAGGACUGAAUUAGAAUCUCAGGAAAAGUCAGAAGUUGACGAGGCCGUUCAGGUUGAAACUUUGAAAUUCGAACAGGAUACGGCUGUACAAGUUAAUACAUUACCUAGAUUAAUUAGAAUGACAUCUUGCGACGCUUACAUGUUGGAAUUAAAGACAGCUCUGACAGAGUGUCAUCAUUCAUUGGACACAUUAGAAACUACCAUUACCCCAGAACCUGUAUCCGGACCAAGUUUGAAUACAACUGCUAAAACGAUUGCAAAAAUGAUUGGAUGUUGUCAAUCAUCUAUAGAACUAGUACGUCAUCUCCAUGCUUUACUCAUGGAAGACACUAAAUUCAAUAUAGAAACAACAAUAAGCGACGAAGUGCAAACUGUGAUAUCUCGAUACGAAGCUCUUCUUUUAUUAGCUAGAACACGUGAACAACAAAUUAGGGAACUCAGGUCUCCCAUUACAGACGCUUACUCAUUUCCAUGUAAUCAUUUUAGCGAUAGCGGUAGGCUGACGUGUCCUUUGUGUUCUCGACGUAACUGGACUCAAUUAGAUAAUGAUCUCUGGCGCUUAGAAAAAUGGUUAGAGUUUGCUGAAGGUACACAAAGUGAACAAAACUCGCCACCGAGUAAUAUAGAAGACCUGGAAUAUGUUAUACAAGAACACAGAGAAUUUCUUCAACAUCUUGACAGUCACAAAAGUAUUGUUGUUAGUUUAAACAUUGUCGGUGCCCAUUUGGCUGAACAUACGGAAGACACUAGUCGUGCAACUGAAUUACGUGAUAGAUUAACCAUUGCAAAUACAAGAUGGGACAAGGUAUGUGCGUCAGCUGAAAAAUGGCAAGAACAAUUACGACGUGCACUUAUCUCAAAUCAUCAAUUUCAUCGUAUCAUCGAAGAAUUGUUCGCUUGGAUCGAAAAAAUAGAAAUUGCAAUUAGAACCAGUGAACCAAUCGAUCUAUCCGAAUCUACAGAUAUUUUAGAAACAAAAUAUAAUAAAUUCAGGGAAUUACGAAGCGACCUUGAACACUGUGAACCACGUGUUUUAUCACUUCAAGAAUCUGCCGAUCAACUAUUAAAUGAACAGGGAGGAAUGAGAGCUCGAUUACAAGAACUUCGAUUAAGACUGCAAUCGUUACGUCGACUGACAGGCAUCUAUUCAUUAAAAUUAGGAGCAGCAUUAGGAUUGGAUCCACGUGAUAUUGGACUAGUUGCUACUACUUCUUCAUUAGCCACACUUUCUCGCGAUCUACUCGAUGAAGCUGCCUCUGGGACCUCUCAGCCGCACACAACAGCUGCCACAGAUGGUGACGAAAGACGUCAAAUAGCAUCAAGACGAGGAUCUAGUUUCCUAGGAAGGGUUCUGCGUGUAUCUCUUCCGAUACAAGCAUUAAUGCUGUUGUUACUUGGUGUAACUUCAUUGAUACCAUCAACAGAAGAAGAUUACAAUUGCAUGCUCUCUAACAAUCUCGCUCGAAGUUUCACUCUAAUGGUCUAUCAUCCAAAUGGACCUCCGCCUUUGUAACAAAAACAAAAUGUCUUCACUUCAUUUAUGUCUACUAUUAGUAAAAACUACUAUUACUAUUAUUACUACUGCAUUGAUAACAAACAAUGAAA